CGGUACUGAACGAGCUCACGCGCCAGAUCUCUGUUCUUGCUCUUUCUUUGUCAUUUUCCUGGUUCGGGCUUUUCCGAAGGCGAAUUCUGAUGGAAUAUUCUCGUUUAUAGUCGAAAAGAUGUCGGCAAAAUGGAAAACCGAAGAACUGCAGAAGUCGAAGGAAAGGGAGUUCCAGAGGACAUUUCAGUGGCUGUGAAUCAAGCUUUUAAUGUAUUGAUUGAUCUCGGUGUUUUAUAAGUCGUCUACGAGGAAUAAAAACGCAUUUUUAACUGGGUCGAAAAAUACUGCUCAGGUUUCCACACUCGAGGAAUAUGCUGAAACAUCUUAUAGCCCAUCCAAAUUAAACAUUUCUUAUUAAUAUCGAGUGGAAUAUUGUCUUUGGAGAUGGAUACGAUGAAGGAACGAGUUUUGGCCCCCGGUAAGGAAAGAUUGAGGAAUCUGGCCGGGAAAACCCUGGGACACAUGCACAGGGUGAUGGAGAAGAAGCAGAAAACGGGUGAGGUGAUCGAGCUGACGGAGGAAGGGCGGCCCGCGCAGCUCCAGGAGAAGAAAGCGCCGCUGUGCGACUGCACGUGCUUCGGGCUCCCGCGCCGCUACAUCAUCGCCAUCAUGAGCGGCCUCGGCUUCUGCAUCUCGUUCGGGAUCCGCUGCAACCUCGGAGUCGCGAUCGUCGGCAUGGUCAACAACAGCACCGUUCACCGGGGCGGCAAGAUCAUCAUCACAGAGAAAGCGAAGUUUAACUGGGAUCCGGAGACGGUGGGAAUGAUCCACGGCUCGUUUUUCUGGGGCUAUAUAGUGACACAGAUCCCAGGAGGAUAUAUAUGCUCACGACUGGCUGCUAACAGGGUGUUUGGUGCUGCUAUCCUGCUCACGUCGAUUCUCAAUAUGUUCAUCCCCUCUGCUGCGCGUGUGCACUACGGCUGUGUCAUGUUCGUCAGGAUACUGCAGGGCCUCGUCGAAGGUGUGACCUACCCAGCAUGUCAUGGGAUUUGGAGCAAGUGGGCUCCGCCCCUUGAGAGAAGUCGCUUAGCAACCACCUCUUUCUGUGGUUCAUACGCGGGCGCUGUGGUGGCCAUGCCGCUGGCUGGAAUAUUAGUGCAGUACUCGGGCUGGUCUUCUGUCUUCUAUAUAUAUGGGAGUUUUGGGAUUGUCUGGUACAUGUUUUGGAUUCUGGUUUCAUAUGAGAGCCCAGCAGAUCAUCCCACCAUUACAGAUGAAGAGAGGACUUACAUAGAGGAGAGUAUUGGAGAAAGUGCCAAACUACUGGGGGCAAAUGAGGUCGGUAUGGUCUCUGCUCUACCCCACCUGGUCAUGACCAUCAUAGUGCCAAUCGGCGGUCAACUGGCUGACUUCCUGCGCAGCAAAAACAUCUUAUCCACCACAACCGUCAGGAAAAUCAUGAACUGCGGAGGGUUUGGAAUGGAGGCCACUCUGCUGUUAGUGGUUGGUUUCUCUCACAGUAAAGGUGUGGCCAUCUCGUUUCUGGUGCUAGCUGUUGGUUUUAGCGGCUUUGCUAUAUCAGGUUUCAAUGUCAACCACUUGGACAUCGCGCCGAGGUACGCCAGCAUACUGAUGGGUAUUUCUAAUGGAGUGGGCACUCUCUCUGGUAUGGUCUGCCCUCUCAUUGUAGGUGCUAUGACCAAAAACAAGACUCGUGAGGAAUGGCAGAACGUGUUCUUGAUCGCCUCGCUGGUGCAUUACGGCGGCGUGGUCUUCUACGGGAUUUUUGCGUCCGGCGAGAAGCAGCCGUGGGCCGAUCCGGAGGAGACCAGUGAGGAGAAGUGCGGCUUCAUCGAUGAAGACGAGUUAGCGGAGGAGACCGGUGACAUCACGCUGAGCCACGCUCCUUUCGGAGGCCCGGCCGCUCUUGGGGGCCCCGCCAAAACAUAUGGGGCCACGACGCAGCUGAACGGGGGAUGGGCGAAAGGCUGGGAGAAAACCGAGGAAUACAUCCAGGAGGACGCCGAGCAGACGUAUGCAGGAGACGGGUACUCCUAGAUAGAAAGAGAUAGAUAGAAGAAAUAAAGACAGAUAGGCUGUGCUUAAGCAUAGCUAUCGGAGUCAUUUUUGAAAAGAGUCUUUAUCCAAUCAGAAGUGAAUAGAGAAGAUAUUUAAGAGGGCAUAAUAAUAAUAAUAAUAUACAGAGAUAUUAAUGAGAAUAUACUGAUAAUUAAAUGAAAAAGUCAUAUUUAGGAUUAUAUAAAGAAUAUGUAUGGCUAUGUAAAUGUUUUCUUUAAAAAUACAGAUAUGUUCAGUUAUUACUGUGGUUUAUGACAUUUAAUCAGCUGACAAUACUUAAUAGCACAGACAUCUGUAAUCAAAGCACAGGUCUUGGCUGUUUUUUUGCAGGUUUAAACCAGUUUGGUUUUAGUUUUGUGUCUUCUACUAUAACUUUAGCAGAUGAGUAGUUUAGUUUCAUUGGUCAGGACCAAUUAGAGUAGAGUUGAGAUGAGUAUAGUUUAGAUAAAUGUAGUUUUGUUCAAAAGAAACAAGUGUUUCACUCUGGUUUACAGAGCUCUUGCCAUUGACCUUACAGAAAAUAUGCAAAAUUUGGGUUAUUUAACUAUAUUAUAUAACUUAAACCUACAAAGAAUACUGUUUAUCAUUAUGUACGUGUACUAUAUUACACAUUAUACACUAGUCCUUUUAUUUGGGACAUAAACCUAGAAGGUAGAGCUAAAAAGACAUUUACUAUUUGAUGCAGAGAGAAUCUAAAAUAGCACAAAUCUGAAAGAUGAUGUGUAUUAAAACAAGUGUGAAAUAUAUUGAUAAACCUUUAAAUGUUGAAACGUCCUAAAGUACACUUGAGAACUUUUUAAAGUGUAAUCUUGUAUAAGUUUUGUUCAGCUAUAUUUACAUCAACAAUACAUCCGAGUGUGUGCUUGGCAAUACAGUCCUGUAUUUUAAGUGGUAUUAAGCUGGUCUUCAUUUAAAAUGUUCAGUUUUAACCAACAAUGACAAACCAGACAUUUUCUAAGACACUUUGAAUGCACUGACAUGUUGUUAUUUGGGAAAACAAGUAAUUUCUAUCUUAAGUGACAUGGGUUUACUGUUUCUGUGAGAAUGAAUCUUGUGAAUCUGGGUCAGUGAUAUCUGUGCUUACUGUUCUUAUUGGGCCAUAUUUAUCAUAGAAACUGUCAUAAGAGUGAGGUUGUCUGUUCGGGAUGUAUAUUGUGAUGCCACUGAGAUCAUUCCACAUGUAUGGUCAAAUCCUGAUCAUCUGAUGUAUUUAAGUGUUGCCAUGCAAAGCUGAUGUAAUAUGUUGAGUGAAUUUCACAAAACCUGUUAGGAUGCACAGGUUCUAUUUCAUCUAAAAAUCAAAAGAAAAGAAAUAAGAAAAUUAAGCCUGUUUUUAGGACCAUUUAAGUAAAAAAAAAAAAAACAUUUAUAACAAUCAAGCACAUUUAGCCCCAAAUUCUUAUUACCGUAAUGCAAAAAAUACUAUCAAUACUACAAUGCUGUCAAAGUAAUGAAUAAAUAAGUAAAUAAAAACAAUAAUAAUCAUAAUAAUAAUGGCCCUACAGCUUGAUUUUCUUUGAAACUUGCACGUUUUUGUGAAAUUCACUCUGAUCCUCCAUUCAUGACACAAACCAGUGUUGUGUUUAGUCAACCAGCAGUAAUAUAAGAUGAUGUGUCAAAGUCUUAAAAAAAAAAACUAUUAAGAACAUGUACUGCAAUAAUUUACUCAUAACAUCAGCAAUCUUGUUAUAUUCAACAUCUAAUUCAUUCAUCAAAUCUGAAUUGUGUCUAGUUUACGGAGUCAUUCAAAUGGUUGGAGACCAUCAGAAUCAGAAUCAGAAUGUUUGUUCUGGUCAGAAAACUCAAGGCCAUUUUCAGAGGUUGGGAUCUGAGCCAUGCUUUACGUUGUUCUGAAACUCAGCUAGAUGUUUUCUAGAUUUGUGUAUUUUGUGGUGAAUUUAUCACAAACCUAAAGCUCUUUUCAUGGCCUCUUGCCUGAGACUGAAGUGCACAAGUGAUUGUUAUAUUCUAUUGUUGUGUCAAACAAGCGAUUUGUUGAUGUCAAAAAGUGUUAAACUGUAUGGAUUGCUCACUAAGUGUGAUUUUAUAUUCAAUUAUUCCAAUCAAGACAUUAUUAUUAUGUCUUUCCUUUAAUUUUUGCGACUGGUGGACCAAAAUUUAAAGGCAAUUUUCUGGUUUUGAAAAGAUAAGAGUUGAUGUUCUUUAUAGAGUGUGAUGAUUAUUUUUGCAUGAUAUAGUCAUUAAAAUCAUCCUGGGCAUUGA